GGUUAAACAAGGAAGUGUCUUUCGUAUUUCCUCCCAUGUGGAGGAGAUCGUUGUAAUGUGCAGUUCUUUCAUGUAUAUCUUUGUACAUCUUAUCAUAUUUUCAGAAUUUUGUCCAAAAACCAGAUUCCUGAAUCGCUGCACUUAUGCUGCCUUGAGAUGAACAUAAUGGGUGAAUUGAUGAACAACUCCAGCGUGAACGAAACAACUGACUGCUACCCAUCUGCACAUCCAGAGAAGACGGUAUUUGUAGCACUUGAACUGGCUGUGAUCCUGAUCGGCAUCCCAUCCAACGUCUUCUUCCUGUUUGUUUCGUAUCGGCUCAUCCGUCAGAAGAACGAGCUGGGUGUCUAUCUGUUUAACCUGGCUCUUUCGGACGUCUUGUUUAUCACGUGCUUAUCAGUGUGGUUUCGAUUUACUCUUUACGAUGAGUGGCCUUACGGCAAGACGAUAUGUGUCAUUUGUGUUUUCAUGCUCUACACAAACUUCUACACCAGUGCUAUGUUUCUGAGCUGCAUUGCGGUGGAUCGCUACUUAGCCAUCGUUUACCCGCUCAAAUUUUGCACUUUUAGAAAACGCAAAACUGCGGUCAACAUGAGCAUUGCUGCUUGGAUUUUUACUGUCAUAUUCAAUGCAGUGACCGUGUAUCCAGACAGUAUCUAUGAUGAGGAGGACUUAAUCUGCUUGGAUUUAUUUCCUUUGCCCAAAGAGCAAAGAAUCGUCAACAUUACUCGUUUUGUAGUAGGCUUCCUCAUUCCCGCAUUGGUGGUGGGUUUCUGUUACUGGCGGAUAUAUUCGGCCGUGAAGAAAAACCAAAAGCUUGAGUCAAUGGAGCGCCGGCAUGUCUUCAGGCUUCUUGGAAGCAUUUUGUUGACCCUUUAUUUGUGUUUCGGACCUGUGCACAUCAUGAUGGUUUUGAGGAUUUUUCUGGAGAAUUGUCCGUAUCCCAACUGGCUCUUCAUUGGAUAUAAGGUCUGCGUCUUACUCGCGAUGCUCAACUGCCUGGCUGAUCCACUUCUGUACUGCUUCAUGAGCAGAAUGGGUCAAGCCAGCGCUUCAAAUGUGUUACUCAUCCUCAGGAGAAGGGGGAAGAAAGAUUGUCAAAAUGAGAUGGGACAACAAAACAACCAAUUUAUUUGAACUGGUACUGUUCCGAUCACAAAAGCACCUCUUAGGACUGAAUUAAGCACUGAACGCUUGUGAUUGGAUCAUGCUGAUGUUAAUAUAUGCUACACUGUAUUUAAAAAAAAAAAAAAAAAAGGUUGGACUGAAGGAGUGGAAGCUCUACAGAUUUACAAGCCGUACCUUCAAACACAAACUGUCUGCAUAAGCUCAUUUGUAUAAAACAGCCUGGUGUACAAUGUUCAAACAAACUCUUCCUUUAUUAAAAAUCACUGAAAUAAACUAUUUGUAAAAGUUCAAAAGGAAAAGUUGGUGUUUAAACACAAACACUGAUCCACAAACAGCCUGUCAGCCUGUCAAGACAGUCUACACUUACGACAAGCCUUGCUUUUUUGAGAAAUAAGAACAGUGUUUUAUCAGAAUUUCCUGUUAUAGGCUAUAGUUCAGAUUGAAUAGGCACCAGAUCACACUUACCAGUUUCAUUUUCACAUCCUCUUCUACCCUAAUAUUUUUCACUAAAUAUUAUAAACCUCUGAAAUGUAAUGUUAUAUAUAUAUUGAGUGUCAUAUAUUAUACAAGGAUGCAUCCAACUGCACGACUGUUCAGUUUGGGGUCAGAAAUAUUUUUUUAAUGUUUUAAGUCUCUUCUGCUUACCAAAGCUGGAUUUUUUAGAAAAAAUUCUGUAAAAACAGUAAUAUUUUUAAAUAUUAUUACAAUUAAAAAUGACCUUUUCUACUUGUAUAUAGUUUAUAUAACUUAAUUUUAUUUUUGUGAUGCAAGCUGUACAUAUAUGCAUCUUAUAAGCAUGUUAGUAUAUAUUGACUCCUAACCCUAAGGUUGUGGGUUCGAGUCUCUGGCCGGCAAUACCACGACUGAGGUGCCCUUGAGCAAGGUACCGAACCCCCAACUGAUCUCC